UCUUUCCCGCCUUGCCGCCCCCCUCCCCGGCUCCUCCCCCCUCUAUUAUUUUCACUCUCUCUCUCUCUCUCUCUCUCUCUCUCUCAAGUUCUAGAGAGAGACGCGGUGGAGCUUUAUCUCCGGCCAUGGACACUCCUCUGAAGAACAAUCAGACCACCCCCACCACACCUCUUCCUGCUAAAUACGAGGAUUCCCCUGUGUUCAACUACAUUAGCAAUCUUUCCCCAAUUGAGCCGGUGAAGUCCGCAGGAAAUGAUCAUCACACCUUCAACUCCCUAGCUUUUGCAUCUCUUCCUUCUAUUUUCGCUUCGCCGCAGAAUCUCUCCAUCCCCGAAACCAGAUUUGUACUUAGAAGGCACCACUUCUCUGAUUCACCAAGACCCAAUUCCUUUCAGGGUGGAAACCCAAAUAGUAAAAGUGAUGGAGUUCCGGUUUCAGUUGAGCAAUCAUAUUUAGGUGCUGACCAACCAGAAUGCUUUGCAUCCGGAAGUUCUUCAGAUGUAGAGGUUGCUAGUGCAGUUCCAACUGAGAGUAUGGAACUACCAGUUGAGUUUCUAAAUAACUUGAAGUAUAGUUCUGGUAGCCCACAUAGCAAUGAUGUGCAUCAUUCCAAGGGAAGGCACUCGUUUUUUGAGAGGGAAACACAUUUGCGCAGAAUUCACAGAAUUGAGCAGAAGAAAGGCGAUUUGGUGAGGUUGAUUUCUGAUGAUCAGUUAAAAUUUGAUUCAACAAUCAUUAAAGAGAACUGUGCAGGGCACGAUCCUACACCAGUAGAUCCUGGAGAAAUCUCUUUUAUGUCAAACAUCCUACGAGACAAUGAUAUUGAAGUCAAGGAAUUUUCUGGUAUUAUCGAUUCUAGUGAACAAUGCAGAUUGGGGAAGGUCAGUAAUCAACCAGAAGGUAUUGGGAGAACUAAGGAAACAGAUGAAACUCCGGCGAUACUUUCUAGAACUUUACUGGAUAAGUUAAAUGUUAAUGAUCCAAGUGGUAUUGUGGAUGAAAAGUCGCCCAAGUGUAUACAUUCUAGCUGCAAGCCUAGUUCUCAGUCAUACGCAAUACGCAGACGUUGUUUGGAUUUUGAAAGGCCAGCAACGCACAAAAGGAAAUCAAUAGAUGCUAGUGGCGGUUCGUCAGCCUCACUACAGUCCAGUUGUGAAGUCGCCUCUGUUGAAAAGCAGUUGGUUCAAACUAUAAAAGGUUGUGAUUAUUCAUCUUCUCGGUUACCUGGUAUUGGUUUGCACUUGAAUGCUCUUGCAACUACUAUUGAAAGUAAUUUAAGUACGGUUGUCAAGCACGAGGUUCACGCUUCUGAGAUUCAAGGGAUUAAUUUGCCAAAUUCCAAGAUAUCUAGUACUUCUUUGACUCCCAGUGAGGUUUCUUGUGAUGAAUCAUGUAAAAAUAAAGCUCAGGUUCCAGUAACUUCCCCCCAAAUAUGUGCACCAGUUGGUCAAGAACCUGACCAUAGUAGUCCUGAGAAGAAAAGGCUUAAGUUGCAGCCUGUUGUAGAAAGCUUGGCUUGCAAGCGCUGUAAUUGUAAGAGAUCAAAAUGCUUGAAACUUUAUUGCGAUUGUUUUGCUGCUGGUCUCUACUGUAUUGAGCCUUGUUCAUGUCAAGAAUGCUUCAACAAGCCUAUGUAUGAGAACAUUGUUUUAGAGAAUCGCAAACUGAUUGAAUCCCGCAACCCACUUGCAUUUGCUCCCAAAGUGAUUGCAAGAGCCGUUGCUAUUCCACAGUAUGCGGAGGAAACUAACUCGACUCCGUCUUCAGCUAGGCAUAAAAGGGGAUGCAAUUGUAGAAAAUCAGGUUGCUUGAAAAAGUACUGUGAAUGCUUUCAGGGCGGUGCUGGAUGCGGCAUCCUCUGCAGAUGUGUAGGGUGUAAAAACACUUUUGGUCGGAAAGAUGAAGCUGAACAUGGUGAAGUUGGAGGAGAUGAAUCAGUAGAUCCGAGAAAGGAUGCAGUGAAUGUCAAUUUACCGACAGUGAGGGAUCAAGAUCUCCUAAUGGCACCUUCGGGGAUUUGCAGACCUCCUCCAGGCCAACUGACAUCUUCUUCCAACGGGAGACCGAAAAUAUUUUCUCUGCAUUCUGUUCUGUCAUCUUCUCAGCAUGAAAAGCAUCUUCAGGCAAUUCCAGAAGACGUAACUCCUGAGACGUUGGCUAGCAGUUGCUCACAACCUAGCGGUUUGAAGUCAACCUCUCCAAACUCAAAGAGGGUAUCGCCUCCUUACAGCAGCAGCGAGUUUGGAUCAGCUUGGAGGGGCGGCAGGAAGUUAGUUCUGAGAUCCAUUCCACCAUUCCCAACUCUGGAAUCACCACGAAAGCGGUGACAUACAGAAGAUUCAGUCAAGCACUCCAGUUCAACGCAUUCUUUGCUGCCUUGUUGUGAUACAACAACCAUGUGGCUUUUUUGCUUUCUUUAUGUUGUUACCCUUAAAACGAUCUCAAGUUCGUAUUACGUUUCCUUCUCUUAUAUGUAAUUCCGUGUUUCUCCUCAAAUUUUAGGCUCAACAAUUGCAAUUUACCUCUUUUUUUUGGGGAAAAUUCUCUAAUGGCGAAUGUAAAUUAUUCGUC